GAUUAAGCGAGAUGUUUCAGAUGGAAACAGAAGUAAUCAUACUGGAUUCCGAUGAUGAAGACAGCACUACCACUACUCCAGUAAACGGAUCAGCUCUUGCAUCGAUUGACAUCGUCAACUCCAAACCGCUUGACCUGGACGCCUUAGGAAUCGGCACUGUCAGCUCCGACGAAGGCGUCUUGAAUAGCAGCCAAAAUACCCGCUACUACUCAGCUCGCUCUAUGGAAACAAGGGUCCAAAACCUUCUUCCAGUGAACAAGAUCAAGUCAAAUACAGCUUAUAUUAGUAAGGUCAACUCUGUAUCGCCUCCACGUUCGAAGAUAUCGUACGAGAAACAGCGUUCUCAAUCGACAUUUGUGGAGGAUUCUGGAAUCAACGCCCUUACGUUGUUAGGAAAUCAACAACCUCCUCGACCUAUACAACCACUUUCCACUGCACAAAUGCAUUCGCGGCCGCAGAGCGGAUCGCCUUUGCUUCGACCGGUUCCUCGCCUUGUUCCGGAGUCGCGUGUCCAGAAUUAUAAUUUUGAAGUAUGCGGGGAGAAAUCAUGCGAGACGGAUCGUCAUCUGUGCCCUUCGCUCAAAUUUAGAUGUCAGUAUCCGAGCUGUCGUCGGGUUUUGACGGGAAAUGUCUCCUUUGUAUGCCAUUUGUGGGCUCAUAUAGCUGCUUGGAAAGAAUAUGAUCCAAAGUCACCGAAUUAUCCCGCUUCAACAGAAAGCGGCUCACCUGGUUUGGCCAAUUGCAAAAGGAACGAUGUUGACAUCUUAUCCACUUGCCCUACUUGCACUGCCAGGUUCCAUACCCCAUAUUUGAUGCAGGUACACUUCACGCGAUGCCACUCAAGGCAACCACAAGCUGUGAAUCGAGCAACUUGUGCCAUCUGUGAAAGGGAUGUGCGUUCAGAUGUUGGUACCGCAAGCGCUCUUCGCACUCAUCUUUUGGCUCACGAACCGAAUGAUGCGCCAUAUCACUGCAAGCGAUGUCGGUAUAGAUGCACUGUCCGUAUGCAUCUCUUCGAUCAUUUCGUUAGGGAGCACAAGAAUACCAGUACGCUCAUGUGCCCAUUCUGCACAUUCACAACUGUUGUGCCAUCAUAUCAGCGUAAGAGACCAGUAAUCCGCGCCUCAGAAUUUGUAUACCAUAUGAUAAGUCAUGAAUCAGAGGCUCGACUGGGCUGUGAUCAUUGUGCUUUGUCAUUCUCUUCGCUGAUGGAAAAACAGAAGCACCGGAAAGAACAUUCUGCUGUCAAUCCAAAGUGGACAUUAACUUACAGGAAUCCAGAGACUAGAUCACGACCGCGUAGCAGAUUAGUCUGUCCUGAGCAAAAACCUUUAUACCAGUGCUCAAAAUGUGCUUCAUCUUCCGAAUCAAAUGCGAACCAUAAGAAGUGUAUAGCAUGCAUAACGCUAGCCUUCAACGAAAGCCUGUACGGCAAGCGUCGAGCUAUAACUGAUACUUCGCUACGCCGCGGAAUCGAUUCGUUACAAUGCAGCAUUCGUGGUAUGCGAUUUCGUUGCAAAUGUGGCCUUAGUACGAGAAAUGGCAAUCGCAUGGCACUACAUUACUACUAUUGCCACAAGGACUUUGACGUUGUCGAGACUGACGACGAAUUUCCCGAGCAGAAUGAAUCUGACGAGGCUGAGGAUAAAUUAGAAGCUCAGCUAUUCUCGGUGCUCCAUAAAGUGGAGCCUACGAUAAAAAUUCGAGAGAAGGUGACUGAACGUAAACGUAAGUUUAUCGAACCUCCAUUGAUGAUUUUUGAACAGCAAAUGAAUAAUGUGAGUAAGCCAGAGGACAUCAAGAGUGCUGUAUUAUUCUACAGAAAGUCUUCGGCAAAUAUCCCGCGUACCAGUUUUGAAAGUUUCAGGGAUCUCCGAGCUUCAGUAGCAUAA